UUUGUUCGCGACAAAAAAUUAAAUGGGUGUAAACGACAGUUUGAAAAAUUGGACUGUAAAUAUAAACUGAUAGGUAUCUGAACAUUCAAUCCAACUAUAAUCCGUAUUACUAUGACUGGUUCGUCGUUCUUUGUUAGUGCUCCAGGGAAAGUGAUCAUAUUUGGAGAGCAUUCUGCUGUUUAUAGCAAGCCAGCCAUUGCCGCAGCACUCAGUUUGAGAGCCUAUUUACUUGUUAGCCCUAAUGAAAAUAUUGAUGAAAUAACUUUAAAAUUUCCUGAUAUUAAUCUUUCAUACGUUUGGAACAAACACGAUAUACCUUGGGAAGAGAUAAGGAAAUUUCAAACGUUUGAAAAGGGCAGACCAUUACCAACUGAGGAAUUGGUUCCAGAAAUUGUUGAUAAAAUUACUAGUCUUUUGGAUGAUUGUAAAUCAACCACUCAUUUUACAACUUGUCUCUCCUUCUUAUACUUGUAUUCCCACUUAUGUGAAGAAGAUACACCUGGUCAUGUGUUUUGUAUAAGAUCUACCCUUCCAAUUGGAGCGGGCUUGGGAUCAUCUGCUUCGACUGGUGUUUGUUUGGCUGCUGCCUUAUCAGUAUUAACUAAAAAGAUAGAUACUCCUACUGUCACUAUAAAUCAAAAAGCUGCAAAAGAUGAAAAUCAUCAAUUAGAUUUCAUUGAUGCAUGGUCUUUGAUGGGAGAAAAGUGUUUUCAUGGUAAUCCAUCAGGUAUUGAUAAUGCUGUUGCUACAUUUGGUGGUGCUGUCAUGUUCCAAAGAGUUAGUGCACCUGCCCAACCAUCAAUUCGUACUACAAUGAGAAACUUUCCUUCUAUUAAAUUACUUCUUACUAAUACCAAGAUUCCAAGAAGUACUGCCGAUUUAGUUGGUGGAGUAGCUAAGUUAAAUUCAUUAUACCCAAAGAUAAGUUCUCCAAUUUUAGAUGCCAUGGGUAAUUUGGCAUCAGAGGCAUAUCAAAUUAUGACUAGACCUGUGUUUGGAGACGAAGAACUCAAGACGUUGAAGGAACUAGUCAAUAUAAAUCAUGGAUUAUUAGUCGCUUUAGGCGUAUCACAUCCCACCUUAGAAAAGGUUAAAAUAAUUGGAGAUCUUUCCAAGAUUGGAGCUACAAAGUUGACUGGUGCUGGUGGGGGUGGUUGUGCAAUUACAUUAGUAGAUGAAAAUGUUAGUUCUGAAACAAUUCAAACAACCAUUAGUGAAUUCAAAAAAGAAGGUUUUGAAUCAUUUGAUACUUCAUUGGGUGGUAAGGGUGUUGCUUUGUUAUCAGCCGAUUCUGAAGAUGAUAUAAAAUUAUUCUCUGUUGAGAAUUUCUCCACUCUUGAUGGUAGAGCUGCUAUUGAGAACACCAUCGGUACUAAUGGAACGACUAAAUGGAAGUAUUGGUAAUCACUUAAAAGUUUCACAGAUUAGAAUGUUUUGCUUUAUUGCUAUAUAGAUUAA